GUAUGCAGAGACGCAUCAAGUAUAUGCUAUUGUAUUGGUGUCUGCAUACACAUCUGACUUGGGGGAUGAAAAUGAGCGUGCAAGUGGAUACUUCAACCGCCCCUGGCAGUGGGAGAAGAUCAAGACCAACUGCUCUCACAUUGUGCAGUUUGGCUCCACUGAUGACCCUUUUCUUCCAUGGACAGAACAACAAGAAGUGGCAGAUAAGUUGGAUGCCAAAUUACACAAGUUUUCUGAUCGAGGUCACUUUCAGAACACAGAGUUUCAUGAACUGAUUAGUGUGGUUAAGUCUAUGUUGCAAGUACCAGAAUAGUCAGGAUAACUCCUGCUAUCUUGCAUCCCAAUACAGGGGAAGACUAAUAACAUCUACUACCAGACCAUUAAUAGACAUAAUCAACCAGUUAAGCUUCAAAAGUGCCUGGAAUACUCUUAAGUCUCAUUGUUCACACAAAGUUUCAAGCAACAUUUUCAUUUUCCAUAGAAUCUAAAACUUUCCCGUAUUGCUAUGAACUAGACUGUAUUUUCCCCAUUUGAUAACAGAUAAGGACAGUUAGCCACUCUAUUCAAAGUGAGUAAGUCAGAAAUGAAACCCAGUCUUCCUAAUUCUCAGUCUAGAUUAAAAUUUAUUUUUCAUGUAUGUUCUAGAGUGGGACUCUUACUCCUUAAAAUACGACUUGUUUUGUUUUGGGGGAAGAUUGUUUUGACAGAAGAUUCAAAGAGCUGGCUUAGAGUUUAAAACACAAGCUGCUGUUCAAGUUAGACCAGGAUAUUUAGCCCAAAUUCACACAUUCACCAGUGAUCCUUCCUUGUCCUUAGGUCCUUUAGGCAAGUUGAGACAGACUGACACAUAGGAUUCUGAGUCACGGAUCUGCUAGGAAACAGAAGCACAGUGUAUUAACUGCAUUCCAACAUAUUGUAGGCCAAGUCUGGUAUUAGGGCCAUGUGGAAAGUUCAUACCAUGCAAGGCACUUUCAAUAUUUUUUUCCCUCAAGGGAAA